AAAAGUGCCAGUUAUUAAGCCGCCGAGGAGGGAAAACAGAAGACGGUUGGUUAAUUGAAUUGGAUUCCAAUUCAGGACAUCUUUGGACAUUUUUCAGGUCUAACUUUACAAAAAAUUAGUCUCAGGCCAGAAUUUAAAAAAAAAAAAAUUGCAUUUUUACACAAUACCAAUGAAAGCAAAUAUGGAAAUCGGCAAUCAAGAUCAGCCUGCAUUCAAGAUUCGGCUCUCUUGUCCCACCGGUCUCUCUCCCUCCCAGGUGUCAGUUGAUUUUGGUCAAGUGUAUGAUAGAAUUCCUCAUCCAGAUGUCAAUUUAGAGAACUCCAUUUCUGAGAUAUGGGAUCAAAGAGUUCAAAAGAAUGCUUCAUUGUUCAAUGGAUUAAAGUUCAGGUAUGGAGGACACAGUUUUUCUGGUGGGGCUGGUACCGAUCAAGAGCCCCAUGUUUGCCUUCACCUUGGUUUGACAGAUUAUAGGACAUUUGUUGGCACUAAUUUGAAUCCUUUGUGGGAAAGAUUUCUGCUUCCAUCUGAAGAUGAUUUUAGGCAAUGUCAGCAUACUUCCAGCCCUCUCGGUAAUGGUGCAGUUAUAGAGACAUCUGAUAAAAAGAUAAUAGUGCUGCAAAGAAGUAAAAAUGUUGGAGAGUUUCCUGGACAUUAUGUUUUCCCAGGAGGCCAUCCAGAGCCUGAAGAAAUUGGAAUAUCAUCUCAUGAUAAUAGAGAUGAUAACAGCCAUCAGAUAAUGAAGGAAAAACUUUCUCAGGAAAUGUUUGACAGUAUCAUGCGUGAAGUAGUAGAAGAAAUUGGAGUUCCUGCAGAUAGCCUAACCAAGCCAGCCUUUAUUGGUAUAUCCCGUAGAGUGUUGAAUGUCAGACCAACUGCUUUCUUUUUCAUGACAUGCAGUCUUCAGUCUAUGGAAAUUCAACAACUGUAUCAUAGUGCAGCAGAUGGCUAUGAGUCGACCCAGCUUUAUGCUGCAUCAAUGGAUGACCUGGAGAGCAUGGCCAAAAAAAUGCCUGGUUGUCACCAGGGAGGAUUUGCACUUUUUAAGUUGAUGAUAGAUGCUGCAAAGGAUGCCUAAUGGUGAUAUGCGAUUGCUUCUUGAUGAUUUUUCCUCAGGUUGUUUUGAAAUCGAAUUGAGAAGGAAAUGGUUAUUGGUCAGUCUAUUAUGUUAUUAUAUGCUUCAAUUGUCAGACUAUCGGUCGUGGCUCGCUGGUUGUACUUUGAUAGGUGAUGAGAAUAUAAUUAUUUGGAUCAAUUGAUUCCGUGACUUGCACUUGAUGAUCAAACCUUUUCAAGACGAGCAAUAUGUAAUAAUCAAUAAACAGGAUCCAUUUUACA